AUGCUGGAUACUUUCGAGAUCAUAACGACCUCUGGCGUUGUGCUUUGGUCGCGCACAUACGCCCCGGUGAACCCCUCAGUUAUCAACGACUUCAUUGCCGAUACCUUCAUUGAGGAGAGACACUCUGGUAAUGUAGUCCGAAGCGCCCAAUCGGCCUCCGCCAAUCCAGCCUACAAGACCGACCACCACACGUUGAAGUGGACCAUGGUAAAGGAGCUCGGAGUUAUCUUUGUCGUUGUAUACCGGUCACUUCUUCACUUGAGCUGGGUGGAUAAACUCGUCGACAACAUCAGAACGAUCUUUGUCAGUCUCUACGGCGAACAAGUCAAGAAGCCACAUACAACCCUGGUCGAGUGCCACGGGUUCGACGAAUACUUUGAUCAACAACUUCGAGAACUCGACAAAUCCAGUACAGCUGACCCCACCGAAUCCAUUGACGAUGUUGACGACUCCCCCGACAGUAACAGACUUUCUGCACCGGGCUUGACAUACAGGGGUCGGGCCGUUUCCAAUGGUACCAGCAAAGAGCCGACGUCGGCCGGUUCAACACCCAAUACAUCGCGGCCAUCGACGCCUGCAGGCAAUAAUCUGGUCGUCGCCAAAGCUGGCCCCGUCGCUAAGAUGUCUAGGCGUGCGCGCAAGGCCAAGCACAACUCCGCGCCGGUCUCGUCCGGAGAUGAGUCCCCUCGCUCUAAAAAGGGCGCGAGUGUUAAGAAGGGUAGAAAAUGGGAUGCCGAUGGAUUCGCAGACGAAGAUGACGACGUACAGCUUGACUAUUCUGCGCAGGAUGUUGACGGCGUCGGCAAGUCCAGUGCUGUAGAGUCGGUCGACUCCUCUACAUGGGGUACAUCGGCUAAGGGCAAGUUUGUGCUGCGAGACUUGGGCGAUGAGGUCCAGGGUAUCCUUGCCUCUGCAGAGGCGGAAAAGGCGGCUGCCUCGCGCGCGGCAUCAGCCAAGUCUGGUAUUCUGGGCUCUGGCGUGAACGCUAUUAGUGGGCUCUUCCGCAACGUCGUUGGCGGCAAGACCCUGACAAAGGAGGAUCUUGAAAAGGCCAUGAAAGGCAUGGAAGACCAUCUACUUCGCAAGAACGUGGCCAGGGAAGCCGCCGUGCGGCUCUGCGAAGGUGUGGAAAAAGAGCUGGUAGGCACCAAGACUGGAAACUUUGAAGGUAUCAAUGCCAGGAUCCAGACAGCUAUGGAGGCAUCUCUCACUAAGAUGCUAACUCCGACAUCAUCUCUCGACCUUCUCCGCGACAUUGACUCCAUCACAUCGCCACCCGUCACGUCUCUCCGCCAGCGCCGCCCUUAUGUCAUGUCGAUUGUCGGCGUCAACGGUGUGGGCAAAUCGACUAACCUGUCCAAGAUUUGCUUCUUCCUGCUGCAAAACAAGUACAAGGUACUCAUCGCAGCCGGCGACACCUUCCGCUCCGGCGCCGUUGAACAGCUCGCCGUGCACGUCCGCAACCUCAAGGAAUUGACGGCGCGCGAGGGCGGCCAGGUUGAGCUGUACCAAAAGGGCUACGGCAAGGACGCUGCUACGGUGGCCAAGGACGCCGUCGCCCACGCCGCGCAAGAGGGUUACGACGUCGUCCUCAUUGACACGGCUGGCCGCCGGCACAACGACCAGCGCCUCAUGUCGUCGCUCGAAAAGUUUGCCAAGUUUGCCCAGCCCGACAAGAUCCUCAUGGUCGGCGAGGCCCUUGUCGGCACCGACUCCGUUGCCCAGGCGCGCAACUUUAACGCUGCCUUUGGCGCCGUCCGCUCCCUCGACGGCUUCAUCAUCUCCAAAUGCGACACCGUCGGCGACAUGGUCGGCACCCUCGUCAGCCUGGUGCACGCCACCAACGUGCCCGUCCUCUUUGUCGGCGUCGGCCAGCACUACUCGGACCUGCGCAACUUUUCCGUCAAAUGGGCUGUCGAGAAGCUUCUCAGCGCAAACUAG